CACCCCGUGAUGGAAGCCCGCCACCACAAUUGAAUAAACGUCUACUGCCAACCCGUAAUGGAAGCCCACCACCCCCUCGUGAUGGACGCCCACCUCCACCUCGUUAUGGAAGCCCACCUCCACCCAGUGAUGGAAGCCCACCUCCACCUCGUGAUGGAAGCCCACCUCCACCCCGUGAUGGAAGCCCACCACCACCCCGUGAUGGAAGCCCUCCACCACAAUUGAAUAAACGUCUACUCCCACCCCGUAAUCGAAGCCCACCACCCCCUCGUGAUGGAAGCCCACCUCCACCUCGUGUUGGAAGCCCACCACCACCUCGUGAUGGAAGCCCACCUCCACCCCGUGAUGGAAGCCAGCCACCACCCCGUGAUGGAAGCCCGCCACCACAAUUGAAUAAACGUCUACUGCCACCCCGUAAUGGAAGCCCACCACCCCCUCGUGAUGGAAGCCCACCUCCANNNNCCGUGAUGGAAGCCCACCACCCUCCCGUGAUGGAAGGCCUCCACCACCCCGUGAUGGAAGCCCACCACCCCCCCGUGAUGGAAGCCCACCUCCACCUCGUGAUGGAAGCCCACCUCCACCCCGUGAUGGAAACCCACCUCCACCCCAUGAUGGAAGCCCACCACCAACCCGUGACGGAAGCCCGCCACCACCCCGUGAUGGAAGCCCUCCACCACAAUUGAAUAAACGUGUACUGCCACCCCGUAAUGGAAGCCCACCACCCCCACGUGAUGGAAGCCCACCUCCACCUCGUGAUGGAAGCCCACCUCCACCUCGUGAUGGAAGCCCACCACCAGCCCUUGAUGGAAGCCCACCACCAGCCCGUGAUGGUAUCUCUCCUCCUCCCUUUGGGAGACGCCCACCCCCAGGCCCUCCACGUCGACAAUAAAGCUGAGCACUCAUGUGUCCUUUUCUAACUAAGAUAUGCUAUAUCUUUUCUACGCAAUAAUUUUAACAAAAAGUGUUGCAAAAAAAAAAAACAAAAAAAAAACAAGAGUUCAAG